AUGCACGAGAACAGGAACGAGAACAGGAACGGGGGCGGGAAACGGGCGAAUAUCGAGCGCAGGAGUCGAGGAGGCAAGGAACUACUACCAUUGCUGCUACUGCUGCUGCUACCCCCCAGAGAGCGGCUACUCUUGCUGGUGCUCACUGGGUAUGAUGGCCGACCGGCUUCCUGGCCUGGGCGUUACAUGGCGGUGCCUCAGCUCACCCUGGCAGCGUCUGCGCUAGACCUGGAGGUUUCAUCCUGGGAUUACUCUGUACGGAUGUUCAAUUUUCAGUACCCCAAAGGUUCAAUUAUGGAUCAUCAAGAACCCGCGUAA